AUGGCGCAAAAUUUGAUGUUACUUGCAUCUUUGGAGGAUGAUGCUGACCUUUUACUGUUGGCAAGUGUGGGCGAUGAAAAAGAUUCAUCAGUUUAUCGGCAGUUAAAGUUUGAUGAACUAAGCAAUGAACAGUUCCGUAAUUUAUUUAGAUUUAAAAGAGAAGAUGUGAAUGGUUUGUGUGAAGCGUUAGAUUUACCAAGAAAGAUUGUGUGCCAAAACAGGACUGUAUGUUCUGGAAUAGAAGGUUUGUGUAUUCUUAUUCGCCGAUUAGCGUACCCAAGUAGAUUACAAGACCUUUCGCAUACAUUUGGGAGAUCAACUGCUGAAUUAUCAUACAUUUUUAACACUGUCCUUAAUUUCAUUGAUACAAGCCACGGACACAGACUCGAGAGUUUAAAUCAGCCUUGGUUGUCGCACGCAAAGUUGGAUGAAAUGGCCACAGCCAUAAGUAACUGCGGAGCCCCGCUGUUAAAUUGCUGGGGUUUUAUAGACGGAACGGUGAGGCCAAUAUGCAGACCCCAAUCUCAUCAGCAGUUGGUGUUUAAUGGCCAUAAGAGAGUCCAUGGUCUUAAGUUUCAGUGUAUUACGACACCUGAUGGAAUGAUAGCGCACCUCUUUGGUCCAAUUGAAGGUCGACGUCAUGAUGCCGGUAUGUUACGAGAAAACGACGUUGAGCAUCAACUGCAACAAUAUAUGACAAAGGCAAAUAAUGAUGUCUACUCCCUCUACGGUGACCCCGCAUACCCAUUAUCACCUUACCUAAUACCCCCAUUUCGGGGAGGUGUGAUCUCAGCUAAUCAGAUGCGCUUUAACAAAAGAAUGUCGGCAGUGAGAGUGUGUGUAGAAUGGACUUUCAGCAAAAUUUUAACUCUCUUUGCUUUUCUUGAUUAUAAGAAGAAUCAAAAACUGUAUUUACAACCUGUUGGAAAGUAUUACAGAGUAGCAUCAAUCCUAACUAACUGUCACACUAUUCUCUAUGGGAGCGAGACCGGGUCAUUCUUUGGUAUACCUCCGCCAUCCCUACAAGAGUAUUUGGCCUAA